AUGGUCUCUAGUUCAAAUGACAAUAUAAACUUGAUUGUAAGCAAGUAUCUCAAAAAUGAAGAGCCUCUCUACAUGAAGGAGAAACACUAGCCUGCGUAUAAGAUAGACAUACUAGCUAUGAUGAAUGAAGAUGAUGAAGGUAUCAAUAUAAAGGGGAACAAAGCAAAUUUUUAGAAAAUGAGCAAUAGUACUCAAUCAACUACUUAAGAUUGUCUCCAAAAAUCAAGUGCAAGGCUAAAUGCUGGCACGAAUGACUCGCAAGAAAUUCUGAAACCUUAAAUAUUCAAAGACCUCAGCUCUAAGAUUCAUAAAUAACUCCUAUUCAACAACUAGAACUGGUUCUAAACAAUCAACAAAGAUCCUAAUUUCUCUUAUUCGUAUUUCAACAUUAAUGAAUCAGGCCAAUCUCCUUAAAAUCUCACUCAGUACAAAUAAAUCCAGUAAUUCUAUCUUGAUAAUGAAAAAGACAACAAGAUCUCUGAGAUAGACUCCUCUUUGAAUGAUAUGGUCUAAGUCACUGAAUCAAGCUGGAUCGAUUGGGAUGAUAAGAAAAAAUUGGAAUCGCAUAUUAGCAUUUAAAAAAGUUUAGAAAGUUCUCAUAGAUUUGAUCCCUCAAAGUAUUUUGGAGGAUUAAAAGUUCAAGAUCUUACUAACCCUCCUGAUGAUCCUAGAUUUUAUUGUAUGCUUUUUUAAUUGAAUCAUUUUAGAAAUUAUCCAGUACCAUUGAGAAGUCCAAACUAAAUGAGUCUUAUUACAAGUACUCAAACUUUGAUUUCAAAUAUCAAGCAUAAGUAAACACUUAGCAAAAAUGGUUCUCCUAGUCAAAAGAUAUUAAAGUAAUAAACUUCAAUAUCGAAGAUACUUUACUAGUAACUAGAAUCAAGUUUAGAAAAAACUAAAAAGAAAUUGCAAGCACAAAAAUCAACAGCAAAGAUUAAUUCUGAAUAAAAGCUAUCACCUAGAACACAUUUCAAAUCUAACUCGAAGAUAAUAAGUUCAUAGCUCAGUAAUAAUAAAUCAAAAUUAGGUUGCAAUCAAACAUAAAAUCCAAAUCAGGCACCUAUUUCUAAUGGUAUUUAUUCAAUAAAGCAUUGUCUAUCAACUGGAACUUCCCCAAUUAGAAUUUUAGAUAACCAAAAUUAGAAACCAAAGCAAAUCCUAUCAAAUAAUAAACCUAGAAAUUCCCCAUUCAGCAGACUGAAAUCGUCAAAAGAUGAUACAGUAAUAAAAAUGAGAGAAAAACUAUCUCCUAAAAUGCUAACCGCAGCUUCAAAAUAUAUGAAAAAUGCAACUAGAUUGCAUAUUGGUACUUCAUCUAGUAAAAAAAUGAAUAAUUCGCAAGUAUAAAUAAUUAAAAGCUUUUUAUCAUAAGGCUAGGUAAAUGCUUUAAAUAAUAGCAAAGAUUCUUCUUUGACUAAGAGUAUAGACAAUACAAACUAAAAAUCAUCAAUCCUUUAUAAAUCAACUGAGAAAAUAUUUGUGGAUCUGUCCUCGUGCUAAUCUACCAGUCUCAACCAGAAAUUAUCUUCUAUGAUUCACUCUCCUGUAAACUUAUCGCAAUAAAAGAAAUCUCAAAAAGCCUUGAUACCUCAUAGCACUCAGCAAUUAGAAAAGAAAAACUAGACAAGACUUAACAGCGCCAUCUAUGAGACUUUAGUAGUAAAUAAGACAAGUAUGCUUAAAAAAACAAUAUCAGAACUGGAAAAAAAUCAGCUUGACAAUUCUAAACAAAGAAAUGACAGCAGAAAUAACAUUCCGAAACCUAAUAAAUCAUCUUCGAGGAAACUUCAAAUCGAAACUAUGAAUUCAGUUUAGAAUUUCAGUACUCAUGUUUUUACACCAAAACAUUCCCAAAAAUCAGGAGAUCAUAAAGGAAUAUAAAAAAAUCUGAUAGUUAGCAUAAUAUCACCAGCAAGUCAUGGAACUAACACAAGAGGCAGUGGAAGUAGCUAUAAAUAUAAUCAAAAUUAGAACAGUGAUAGGUUUAAAUACAAUCAUUAGAAUAGAUUCUGA